AUGUACCCCCAAAACUGCCGGUUAUACAACAAACCAUUCGGUAACUACGUCACUAAAGAAUCCGCGGGGAUGUUCUUCUAUGAUCAAUCCUGCUUUGCAAUAUUCAAGGGCGUUAAAACGCCAAUUUAUCCGAAGAAUAAAGUCUGUGGUGUCCUUGGCGGAGUUUCUACGCAAAAUGGUAGGACGAAGGUUGGGGAUAUCUUUGCUGGGAAUGUUAAUGCUUGUACAAAGUACUGUUUGGGUCUGAGUAAUUGUCAGUUGUAUAUAUACAGUGAGAUUGAGUUCCAGGAUGGGUAUAAUUGUCAUGCUUAUUCUAGUGAUUGGAUGGCGGGUAGUUCUUUGGCUGGGCAGCCUGUGGUGAGUGUGGAGGAUAUGAGGAGUAAGAAUUUGUAUAGGAUUGUGUUUGAGAGGGAUUGUGCUUCAGCUUUUUAA